AUGUCCCGCCAACUCCCCAACCCCGACUCCCACUGCCCCAUCCUCAUGCCCCAGCGUAUCCGGUCCGGCGUCCACCUCCCAAAUCCACUCCAAUCUACCGGCUCAUCCGGUAUCCUCCAAGCACUCGAGAAGGACCAAGCGACGCGACAGCCCGCUCGUCAGCGCAAGACCACACCGCCCGUCAUCAAGGGCUAUGUCCCGCCGGAUCAACGACCUCUACCGCCCGUCAUGAACGCUACAGCCCCGCUAGGGCAAGCGGUAUCGUCUAUCGGCUCCGCAGCAUCGGGCGGAAUAGGUACAGGUACGAAUGACAAGAUGGACAAGAAGGGCUUUGAGGAGGUGUUUGGGGUAUCAGUCGGGCUGGCGAAGCUGGAGGAAAAUGGGUGGCUGGCAGCGCAAACUCAAGCAGGGGGCGGGAUGGCGGUAGGAUGGGAUGGGUGGACAGGAUCAGGACCAGGAUCAGCACCAGGAUCGGGAAUGGGGUAUGAUCAGCCCAUAAUCUACGGGAUCGCCCAGCCGACAUAUCAGCUCGACUAUACCUACACCGGGUCGAGCUCAAGCGGGGUCGGGAUCGCCCAUACCUCUUACCCCUAUCCCCCAAGUCGACCUCGGUCCUUCCCCGCCAGCGCCAGCGCACAGCCGGACGCGUACUACAUUCCUCCCCCUCUCCAGCCUCCUCAGCUUCCCCAGUCUGGGGCUUACCUCUACUCGAACCAUCAGUACAACCUCCAGCUCGGCAUACCUCAGCCAUUCUUCGUGCAAUGGGACCAACUCUACCUUCCUCCUUCUCAAGCCCCCGUCCUCCCCGGUCCUGCUCCAGGUUCCUUCUCCUUCCCUGCUUCCACCCAAGCACCCACGGUCCUCCACGCCAUCGUCCCCACCCAGACCGCCCCACCACUUCCUCAACACCCACCUCCGUCGACCCUCCGUCCCUCCCAGCGUACCUCAUCGACGAAGCGCCAUCGCGUCCCUACCCCCAUCUACAUACCCUCGCAAUCCCAGCCAUUUCCUCCGGCUCAGUACGUGCACCAGCCCCCUACGCCCGCUACAGGCCUCACAGACACUACCUUCUGCCUCACCGCGGCCCUUACCCACCCCGGUUCCGGAUCGGCGAGCGGCUUCGGGAUGCCCGCGCUGUCGUAUGGAGGCUUUGCGCAGGUCCCAACACAGCGCCAGGAGCAGCAGCAGCAGCAGCAGCAGCUUCCGCCGCCGCCGCCGCAUACCCCGUCACUCCUGACGCCGCCGGAACCGUCCUUCAACUUCCCAGCUGCGUAUCCCACCGCCCCCUCGGAACAGUCCCGCCAGCACCCGCAGCCCCAGCAUUCGCAGGCCCAUACCGGAGGACAGCAAAGUCAGCCACUCACCUCUUCGUUCGACUUUGAAACGUUCUUCUCGCUCGACUCGACCUCGGCGCCGGCAUUCGGCGAUAUCGGAGCCGGAAUGGGAAUGGGGAGCGUCAAUACGGCCGAAGCGGUCCUUCAGGGCGUUCCAUACCCCAUCGCCAUAUCCAUCCCCGACCGAGGGCAGGGGCAGGCCCAGGGUCAGGCUAUAUCGUACCCCUCCUAUCCCAUAACGCUCUGGGCGGACGUAGAUGGGGGCGUACCCGACCUGAUCCCCUCUCCGGGCGACGAGGGGUUCUUCGGGCCUGAUGGGAUCGCAGGCAGCGGCAGUGGUGGUGGUGACGGCGGAGGCCAGAGAGGUCUCAGCUCGGCCGUCAACGGCGGGAUGGACGCGAUCUUUGGUGCGGCCUACCCAGCGGGCACUGUCGUCAGCCAGGGAAACGGCAUGACGGUCGACCCUGCGCAUAUCGCCCUCUCCUCCACCUCGGCUCCGGCUACCGCUGCCCCUGGACCCCACAAGACGACAGGGCAGGGACGUACCGCCAAUCCCGGCCCCGGCCUCGCUCUGCGCGCAUCUUACCUCCUCAGCCCUUCCGCAUACCCCCGACUCGCAAUGUCCGAGGGAUGCGACCCAUACUCCAUCCCUCCUGGUCCCCUCUCGGAUCCCGCCAUCGGCCUUCCUCCUCAUUCGGCCGGUCUUGCCUCGACUCUACCCCCUUCCUCUGCCUCAAAUUCCAAUCCGGGUCGGUACCACUCGGACCCACUUCCCAGCCCACCACCUAUCCCCCGAGAACUCUUCUCCCCUCCGCCCACGGCCUCGUCCGUUACUUUGUCCAGCAAGAAGCCCAAGUCCAAUCCCAAAGCGAUAUACACGUUCCCGAAGGAGUACGCAUAUGCGGACCUUAUCGAACCGCUCGCGCCGCCUCUGAAGUCGAGGUAUGGGCGGUCAAAGUCGAGGCGGGUCUCGACGGCGGCAGCGGCGGUAGUGGAUGUUGCUGGCGGAGGUGGAGGAGGCGAGGCUGGUGGGCGAAGGUCGAGUGGGGCGGGCGUGUUGGAAAGGUUCGGAUGUGAUGAGUGCGAAGAUACAUUCUCGAGGCCGAGCGAUAUGGAGCGUCAUAAAGCUAGGAAACAUGUCCCUUAUGAGAAGUGGGUAUACGUUUGCGAGCUCUGCAAUGAGCGCUUCUCCCGCAAAGACCACCUCAUACUCCAUGCCAAGCGGAUCCGGUGUCCCGCCAUGACCAAACCAGACGGAACGAGCGGCGGUACCCCGUUCAAGCGUCGUUCUAGCGCGCCAUACUCGGCUCGGUCCGAUAGUUAUCGGUCGCCUGGAGCUCCUUGA